UCAAAUUCCAAAGUGCAAAUCAACUCCUCCUAUAAAAUGACAACAAGAACUACAAAAAACAGCGCAUAGAGAGACACGAACGCGCAAAGAAACUAUGGAGCAAAGAGAGAGUUGCCAUCCUUCAUUGAGAGGAGGGAAGAGAAUGAGCACGUACAGCCACGGUCUCUCUUCAUCUCAGAUCCGAUCACUUGCUGCCUUGUGUGAAACUUUCAUCCCUCCAUUGCCAAUGGACGAUCUCAACAAGGAAAUCCCAGUUAAUAAGUUGCAGGCUGUUCGUUCCUUCUACAAAUCUUCUGGGUCUGAGCCUCCAAUCCCCGAUGAGGUAGCAGAGUUUCUGGUCAGGAGAGGUGUACAAGAAGUUGUGUUUCUAGUGAAAUUGGUUUUGAAGGUUCUCUCUUUCAGAUUGGGAACACUGUUGCUUUGUGGGUUCAUGUGUUUUGAUUGGAACUGGCCCUUCAUUCACAAAUUCUCUGAAAUUUCUUUAGAAAAGAGAGAGGAAAUUCUCAAGAAAUGGUCGAGGGAGAAGUUCUUCAUACCUCUCAGAGUAGUGUUUGCAGCUGUAAAAAUCUUCUGCUUGUACACCUUCUUCUCCAUGACAGAUGAAAAUUUACAGAACCCAGCAUGGGAAGCAAUUGGAUAUCAUAAAGACACAAGGGAAAAAUUGAGAAAAACCAAAGAGGAGAGACCUCUUCAAAGGGGGGUCAUAGAACUUGCAAAUGAAGAUGACUCGACUCUUAUCCAAUCUCUCAACCAAAAAGGCCUCCAAGUCAUUGAAGAUCUAGAGCACAAAACCUGCAAGAUCAAAUGUGAUGUUGUGAUUGUUGGUUCUGGUUGUGGUGGAGGGGUUGCAGCUGCAGUGCUUGCAAGCUCAGGCCAGAAAGUACUGGUCCUAGAGAAAGGGAACUACUAUGUGCCAGAAGAUUAUUCUUCACUGGAAGGGCCUUCUAUGGCUGAACUUUAUGAGUCCGGUGGAAUUCUAUCAACUCGCAAUGGGAAAACGAUGAUAUUGGCUGGAUCAACAGUAGGUGGAGGCUCCGCUGUAAACUGGUCUGCCUGCAUAAGGACACCAGAUUCUGUUCUCAGAGACUGGCGUGUGGAUCAUAAGAUUCCACUUUUUGGAAGCUCUUACUAUCAAAAUGCAAUGGAUGCUGUGUGUAAGAGGAUUGGUGUUACAGAUAACUGUUCCAAAGAAGGAUUUCAGAAUCAAGUUCUUCGUAGAGGGUGCGAGAAUCUUGGUUUAAAAGUUGAUUCUGUUCCAAGGAAUUCCUCUAGUGAGCAUUAUUGUGGUUCUUGCUGCUAUGGCUGUAGAACUGGAGAAAAGAAAGGGACUGAUUCCACCUGGUUGGUUGAUGCUGUUAGCUGCGGUGGGGUAAUUCUAACAGGAUGCAAAGCUGAGAAAUUCAUAUUGGAGGAUGGGAACAUUGGAAGUAGGAAAAAAUGCUUGGGGGUGAUUGCUAGAGCUUCAAAUACAAAUGUAACUAAGAAGCUGCAAAUUGAGGCUAGAGUAACAAUUUCAGCAUGUGGUUCUCUGUUGACACCUCCUCUAAUGAUCUCCAGUGGGUUGGUGAAUCCAAAUAUUGGCAGGAACCUUCAUCUUCAUCCAGUUCUAAUGGCAUGGGGAUACUUUCCAGAAAAUGUAUCAGAUUUCAAAGGCAAAAUUUACGAGGGAGGAAUCAUCACAUCAAUUCACAAAGUGGUCUCAGAGUCUUCCCAGGUCUGCGCCAUAAUAGAAAAUCCAGCACUUGGGCCAGCCUCAUACGCAGUAUUAUCUCCAUGGGUUUCAGGGCAGGACUUCAAGGACAAGAUGGUGAAGUAUGCUAGAACAGCCCACCUUUUUGCGUUGAUCAGAGAUCAAGGUUCAGGAGAAGUGAAAGUGGAGGGCAGAAUUAGUCACCGUCUAGACCAGUUGGAUAAAGGCAAUCUUAGAAUUGGGUUGAGGGAAGCUUUAAGAAUUUUAGUUGGUGCUGGAGCUGUGGAAGUAGGCACUUGCCGUAGUGAUGGCCAAAGGAUUGCAUGUAAAGGAAUUAAGGAGAAAGAUUUGGAAGAGUUCUUGGACACUGUAACACUACCUGGUGGGCUAAGAUCGAUGGAGGAGCACUGGACCAUGCUCGUUUCUGCACAUCAAAUGAGUAGUUGCAGGAUGGGAGCCACAGAGGAAGAAGGUGCAGUUGAUGAAGAUGGCGAAAGCUGGGAGGCCAAGAACUUGUAUGUAUGCGAUGGAAGUGUGCUGCCAACCGCAAUUGGGGUUAACCCUAUGAUCACAAUCCAAUCCACAGCAUACUGCAUUUCCAAGAAGAUAGCUGAAUCCUUAAUAAUAGACAAGUAAUUUCUUGCAUGCAAGAAUAAUCCUUGAUAACUGUAUUUAAGGAAUAAUCAACAAGCAAAUCUCAAUUUUUCCCCUCUUCA